ACUCACACAAGGGAUCUUCCCUUGGGUUGUGGGAGGUAACCGUGCCCCUCUUUGGACUCGUUCAUGGUGCGAGUUUACCUAAAGCAGUGGUGAUGCAGCCUGCAGACCAGCCUCACAAAGCUGGUGGUGACGCUUCUGUGUUACCCUGAGUGGAGUUUCAGGGAUGCUGCAGUGCUGGGAAGAGUGUCUGGAGCCAGUGUGGUGAUGCCGGUUAUGUCAGUGUUGGUGUGUGGCUUGCUCUGCAUCCUGCUUGCAGAAAAAUGCUGUUUAGUGGUGAACCAGACUUGUUGGAGACAGUCUGUCAAGCCCUGAAAGUUGUAAAAACCCUUUUGCAAGCAAUAGCAAGUUCAUGUGUUUUCAGGAGGAACUUGAAAUGCAUCAGCUGGCUUUUAUAAGAAGUUGCAGAAGAGAAAUCAGCGUAAUCUUUGCUAUGUGGCUUUUGCAGGAUCAGUUCGUACCAAGCUGGCUGUGGAGAGGUUUGCAGGGAGGAGAAGGUGUCUUGGUGGUGAAACACAGAGCUGCUGGGGAAGCUCCUGAGCUGCUUCCAUGCCCUCAGGCAACUGCCUUUGGUCUCUCUGCCUCUGUUCCCCAGGGUGGGAAUGCGCUGGAGAGGAGCAGCUGCCACCUUGUCCCCUUCAGGCAGGGAGAGGUGACAUCACCCGUCCAUGGGGACAGGGACCACGUGGCAAUGCCGUGGUCUGGGAACUGGGCAUGUGUCCUUCUCACAGUCCUGCUGAGGACCUUGGGAUUGUACAUUUGUCACAACCAUUUCACUGCAAGGACAGUUGGGCAGCGAGGCGGGUGCCGGGGGGGCUGCGCAGAGUCCGUCCUUUGAGGUUUUCAGGACCUGGGUGGGUAAAGCCUUGAGCAGCCUGGUAGCUGACGCUGCUUUGAGCUGGAUGUUGGGUAGAGACCAACCUGAAUCACCCUAAAAUCUUAUGAAAACUUAAAACCCUGCAGAUGUUCUUGAAGUGUAAGCGUGGGGCAAUGGCACUCUCUCUUUUCCCAGCUGUUGCAAACAACCAGUGACCGACUAGGGUAUAAUACAAACUGCUGCAAAGGCCAAAAAGUGAAAACUAGUUUUUUGUUUGUUUGUUUUGUUUGUUUUUUGUUUUUUGUUUCUUGUUUUUUCUUUUUUAACCUUUAUCAGAACUCCUGUUGCAUAUAUAGAUUGUGAUGAGAGUCUGUCUUUGAUCUGUCUAAAAUGAUCCCCGUCCUGAGAUGCCACAUCCCAUUUUAACCUAGGAAAAGUGGAAAAACAUGAGGCCAGAUAUGAGGAAGAAAUGUUUUGCAAUGAAAGUGGUAAACUACUAGCCCAUGUUGCCCAGAGAGGUGGUAGAUGAACCAUCCCUGGAGACAUCCCAGGCCAGGCUGGACGGGGCUCUGAGCAACCUGAUCUGGGUGAAGAUGUCCCUGCUCAUGGCAGGGGGGGCACUGGAUGAGCUUUGCAUGUCCCUUCCAACCCAAAGUAUUCUAUGAUCUAUGAUUCUAUGAAAAGUGCUUCGAGUUUAGUAAUUAAAUCUUACAGAAAACAUUGAUAAAGCUCUUGUAGUGAAUGUGGGCUGGAGCCUGUCCAGCUACAAUCCCGCAGACAUGGGGCUGCCUCGCAUCUUUUGCAGCCUCUUGGACUUCAGUUCCAAGUGAAGCCUUCCCAGGUCAGCAAAACAGCAUCUUAUUUUCACUACGUACAGGUGUAGAUGGCUGCCCGAGCUCACUGGCAAGGAAGAGUUGCUUUCAGUGGGUUUUUAUUCUCCUCCCUUCCCUGUUUGUCAGGUUGGGUUAUUCCAUCACCAUCAAUAAAGCUAGAGCCGGGGCUCGUCAGCUGAUCCUGCAGAAUGGCUUAACGCUAAGUGACUUGGACCGACAUCCAGAGGUAAAUGGGACUGCGGAGCUCGACGUUGCCAUCGAUGGAGCGGAUGAAGUGGACUCUGACCUCAACCUUAUCAAAGGUGGCGGCGGUUGCUUGACGCAGGAGAAGAUAGUUGCAGGAUAUGCAAAAUGCUUCAUUGUUAUUGCCGAUUACAGGAAAAAAUCAAGGAGCCUCGGGGAGCAAUGGAAGAAGGGGAUUCCUAUUGAAGUCAUCCCCAUGGCUUACGUCCCCGUCACCAGAGCCCUGACCAAAAACUUUGGAGGUGUUGUGGAGCUGCGGAUGGCUGUUAGCAAAGCGGGCCCUGUGGUGACGGACAAUGGGAACUUCAUCCUGGACUGGAAGUUUGACAAGGUUCAUGAAUGGAGUGAGGUGAACACCGCUAUAAAAAUGAUACCAGGUGUGGUGGAGACGGGGCUGUUCAUCGGCAUGGCGGAGGUGGUGUACUUCGGCAUGGAGGACGGCUCGGUCAGCGUGCGGGAGAAGCAGCCGCGCUGACGCCGGCACGACACCCGCUCCGCGCCACCUUCGGCCAGUUCAGUUCAGCUGUUGUAACGGUGCCAACCUGACGUUUUGCCUUAACGAGCAGCGGUUAUCGCAGCCGACGGAUGGGAAGUUGAUCAGAAUCCGCUGACGUGAUACUGAAUGUCUUUUUUUAAAAAACAAAAAAUUAUAUUCUAUUUCUAUAUAUAUAUAUUUUUACUUUACAGGAAUGUUGUCUUUUUUUAAAGAACCGUUUAAACAAAUUGCUUUAACGUUUUUAUUUUAUUUUAUUUUCUAAGAAAUACUUACCAAAAAUUAAUACUCCUUGUUUUGUCUUUUGGAUUUUUUUUUCCUUUUUUUCAAACAGAACUUGAACCCUUCUGGUUGCUCAUAGUGCUUAGUGAUUGAGGUCAGAAACACAAUCCUAAUGCAUCAUUCCUAACCACACUGGCUGGGAGGGUGACAUACAUAACAGGAGCACAUCCAGUCGGGACCUGCUGAUGCCUUAUUUGGAACCUUUUUGGUUCGGUAUUUUAUGCCUUUUAUUUUUCUACACCACUGUUUUUUAAUAGUUCAGGAUGUGUUGUUGUCCUCUGUGCACUUGACAGUUCUCUGAGCCUGGGGUGGUCUUUACAUCCCUCUGUAUGGGACAUUAAUAAGGGCCUUUUCUGGGUCUCUGUUCAUCCUUUGAGCCAAAUUCUGCUCUCUGUUAAUUCAGUACCUCUGAUUAAAUUCUGUUCCUGUAGCUGGAGAUGUUUGGGACUUUGUCCUUGUAAACCAGGAGCAGAACUGGGUCCUUGGUGAAGCUUCCAAAAGCGUAUUUGAGCAGCUUAGGGCAGCGUGGAAUACUGUUCAGUGGCAAAUUGUUUGAUUUGGAAUGAAGGUUAAUUAUCACCUCUGGGAGCUGGUUGGUUUGUGGAAGGGUAGAGCAAAAUGCACAGGAAAACCGAGUCUUCCUGCCUAAAUUUUCCACAUGUAGCAGGAGAGAGACACUCGUUCAAUAUCUUGUUCUCGGUGUAUAGGUGCUUUGCAUGGUUCUGGUGUCAAAAUGCAAGCCCUCUCUUUGUGUUGUAGACACUGAAAUAAAGAGUUGUUAUACCAGA